AUGCAUGAAUAUGAAGUAGAAAGUAGAGGCAAGUGGGCUCCACCCAUGCAUGGCUUUCUAAAGCUUAAUUGUGAUGCAUCUGUGAUGGCAAAUGGGGACCAAGUUGGUAUUGGUUUGAUUUGUCGAUAUAGUGAAGGCAGGCUUGUGGAAGCUAUGGGGGAGAAGAUCUCUGGGAGGUUAAAACCACUAGCUGCGGAGCUAUUAUGUGUACUAAAAGGGUUGGAAUUGGCAGUAGUGCGUGGGUGGAGAGACCUAUGGGUGGAAACUGAUUGUCUGGAGGCUGUAAGGUUAGUUAAUAGCUCUGAAGAGUGUCUUGCUGAUGAGGGAUUGCUAGUGGAAAGGAUUCGCAUGCUGAUGGGUGCUUUGGAGAUUCAAGGAAUUCAUCAUGUGGUACGCGUGGCUAAUAAGGCUGCUUAUGAAGUGGCAGGUUUUGUAGCUCGAGGUAACGGGCGGUAUAGUUGGUUAGAGGUUGGGCCCACUUGGCUCAUGGAUGUCAUUGAUAAUGACGGACCCAUAACUAGUUUGGUUAGUAGAGAGGAGAGUGGGGAGUUCUUGUCCACCACCGGUUAUUCAAGUAGUUUGUAA